AUGACCAACGGCGCGUGUGUUUCGUUCUGCGACUCUCGCGGCUUUGCUGUCGCCGGCACCGAAUACGCCGGCCAGUGUUUCUGCGGCACCGACGCCGACUUCCCGGCAAUGGCAUCUCAACUAGACGAAUCACAGUGUGAUAUGCCCUGCACAGGAGCCGGGGGUGAAAUGUGCGGCGGAUCCGGAGCUUUGAGUGUCUGGGCGAAAGGGGGAGCCUCGUCCUCAACAACGACAAGCAACACCGACAGCGGCAAGUUGAUGAUGGUCAAGAGACGCUUCAACUAUCUAGGCGGACAUGGGAAGAGGAUGGUUCGGCCAGCCAUGAGGGACUAG